AUGUCGAGUGUACACAGACAGGCGUUGAAUUCGUUGCAGCCUGGUGCGCAAAACGCGCUCGUAAUCGGCAUAAUUAUACACAGUUUUAAUAUGAAAACACUCGAUGCCACGAGAACGAGAUUUAACCACGGUGAACGCGGCGUGUGGACAUUCACGUUACGCGAUUCCAAAGAGGAUAUGAUAAAUGUGACAGUAUGGGGUAGUGUUCAAUUCGUGAAAAAAUUGUCUUCGAAUUUUCAUGUGGGCAGCAUAGUGGAAGUGAUUAAUCCGAAAGUGGUGGAACGUCGACCAGAGGAUAGGAACGAGUUAUUUGUCCCUUCCGUGUCCAGUCGGUGCAGUUUAACAGUGAACGAGGGCAAUGCGCUGGUGCAAGCACACGACGCACCAACACGCUCACAAUACGAACCCUUGCUCAUGCUCCCUAUUAAAAACCUAACCGGGCUACGAUGCUUGAAAAGCAUUUUUGAGAACCUGGAGUCACUGCGCGAUCAAUAUGUCGAGGUCUUGGUCGUUGUUACAUUCGUGAGUGAUAUUCGUAACAUAAUCACACGAGAUGGAAGGAGCAUCAGAUUUCGCAACUUCGAGGCGGUGGAUGGAUCCACGGACGAAGUGGUAGCAUUGGUUCUUUGGGAUAACGAGUGGAUCGAACGGGCCGCGUUUUGGGAGCCCAGACGAACCGUUCUUUUUCUUACGGAUGCCCGUAUUGUUUAUGAUAAUUUUAAGAAAAAAAUUGUCUUAUCGCUAGUCAGGAAAACUCUGAUUACCGAAAACCCUGAUUUGCCGCAAGCAACCACCGUCAGGGAUUCGGUGAAAUACUCUGAUCCAGAUGUAAUGUCUGGAAGUUUCUUCGCAACGCCUAAUCCGAACACUAUCUCCACCGUAAUGACCAUACAAGACAUAUCGAACAAGUUGAACAAACAGCCGAAGCAAGGAGACAGAAUUCAGUUUGCCGUGAUUUUAAAGGCCUACGUAAUAGACAUAGAUGUCGACAGCUUGAAUCCCGGAAUCAUAUCCAGAAGAUGCGCGUUAUGCAAGAGGAUCGUCCUCAAAGACGAAGACUCGUGUAUGAACCUUGAGUGCCCAUCGGGCAAUGGAUCUCGCGUUCCUAUGAACGUAAUGAGCCUUAAUUUAAAGGUAAAUCUGAAAGACGACACAGGAUACCUUAUUGGUUGCAAAUUAUCAGGAGAUGUGGCCGAACGCGUCCUUGGUUGCACGACUGCCGAGUUCCAGGCAAUGAAAAUUCCUCAACGUGAAGACUUGAAAUGGAAAUAUGCGUUAGAGACAUGCGACAUUCGUUUGCACAUUCUUGGACCAACGUCUGUCUUUCCGAAUGCCGUUUAUAACAUCCUUUCAAUCUGCAGAAUUGAGGACCAAGACGAAGACGAAGACAUGCAGCUACUUAAUGACUGUGUCGGCACAAAAAAAUUCUAA